AUGAAUUUUAGUUGGGUGUACCACCUUUAAAAUUAUGAGUGAAAAUUUAUUGCCUGCACAUUGCAGUACGUAUAUGAGUGGGCGCUCUUAUCGCGAUUUCUGAAUUAAAAUUGAAACGUUUUAUGAUCAUUUCACAGAUCGUCGUAAAAUUUGAAACGCAUUUCCGUCACUUAUAUUAACAAUGUCUUCGUACGACGAUAAUUACGAUAAGGAACAUCCAAGAAAUUUGAUACCUGAAUUAUGCAGACAAUUUUAUAAUUUAGGCUGGGUUACUGGAACUGGUGGUGGUAUAUCUAUUAAACAUGAGGACAAGAUUUAUAUUGCUCCAUCUGGAGUCCAGAAAGAACGAAUCUUACCAGAUGAAAUGUUUGUACAGACUAUUAAUGGACAAGACUUAGAAUUGCCUCCACCAGAAAAGAAAUUGAAAAAAUCACAAUGUACUCCAUUAUUUAUAUGUGCAUACACAAGAAGAAAUGCUGGUGCUGUAAUUCAUACUCAUUCUAAGUUUGCUGUGAUGGUUACAUUACAUUGGCCUGGAAAGGAAUUUCGUGUUACUCAUCUUGAAAUGAUAAAGGGCAUUAGAAAUCAGAAAUUGGGAAGAGCUUAUCGUUUUGAUGAAGAACUUGUAGUGCCAAUAAUAGAAAAUACUCCAUUUGAAGAAGACUUAAGGGAUGAAUUAGAUAAAACUAUUGAGGCUUAUCCAGAAACUUGUGCUGUAUUAGUAAGGAGACAUGGUGUCUAUGUUUGGGGUGAUACAUGGCAGCAAGCCAAAACUAUGACGGAAUGUUAUGAUUAUUUAUUUGACAUAGCAUUACAAAUGAAAUUAAGUGGAUUAGAUCCGCUUGCAACUCCGGAUGAUUACGAGUUACAAUAUUUGAGUUAGUAUCAUGAUCUUCAUUCCAUAUUUUUAUAAGUCGUGAUGAGUUAAUAUACUCGUAUAUUGUACAAAAAAAUUGAUGUAUAAAUGUAUAUACAUAUUUUACAAUUUCA